GGGCAGCCCGUUCCAGCCCAGGACACAGCAGGCGCCUCUGACACUCCUGGCCCCGGCCCCUCUGCCUGUGGAGGAAGGGGUGGAGCUGGGGCAGGCAGGGGAAAGGCCGCCACAGACAGGUGCCCUCACAUAGCUCGCAGCCACACGAGUGUGCGUGUGCAUGUCUCCACAUCCACCCAGAACCUGCUCCCUCCUAGGCCCAGACCAACCGCAGGUCGGUGCGCUGCCCCAAUGGGCUCUGAGCUGGAGACUGCGAUGGAGACCCUCAUCAACGUGUUCCACACCCACUCCAGCAAGGAGGGGGACAAGUACAAGCUGAGCAAGAAGGAGCUGAAGGAGCUGCUGCAAACUGAGCUCUCUGGCUUCCUGGACGCCCAGAAGGAUGCAGAUGCCGUGGACAAGGUGAUGAAGGAGCUAGACGAGAAUGGAGACGGAGAGGUCGACUUCCAGGAGUACGUGGUGCUGGUGGCUGCUCUCACCGUGGCCUGUAGCAACUUCUUCUGGGAGAACAGCUGAGCAGGCAGCCCCAGGCAGCGCCGUGCCCUGAGCCCCAGCUGUGACUCCCCACACCUCCACUUCUGGCUGCCCCUCCACACACACCAAGGCUCAGGAGCAGCAGUGCAGCGCUGCUCAUCUUCAUUAAAGGCUGCUGUCGCCGGCCA